CAAACAGCCGUUUUAUUCGGGUUUUCCUUCAUUGUUUUCAAACAUAAGGUUCCUCCAGCAUGUCGGAGCGGGGAGGGCUCCCGAGGACUGGAGGCGUGCCGUCUCCGCAGCCCUCCAAACCGGUGGCGAUCACCUCCAAUCGGCCGGUGCACAUGAACCUGUACGCCACCUGGGAAGUGGACCGAUCGUCGCCGAGCUGCGUGCCGAGGCUCUUCAAUCUGACUCUGAAGAAGCUGGUGAUGCUGAAGGAGCUGGAUAAAGAUCUGACGUCUGUGGUCAUCGCUGUCAAACUGCAGGGCUCGAAGCGAAUCCUCCGAUCCAAUGAGAUCCUCCUGCCAUCGAGCGGCCAAACAGAGACAGACCUGCAGCUCACCUUCUCCUUACAGUAUCCACACUUCCUGAAACGAGACGCCAACAAGCUGCAGAUCAUGCUGCAGAGGAGGAAGAGGUACAAGAACAGGACCAUCCUGGGCUACAAGACGCUGGCGCUCGGCCUCAUCAACAUGGCAGAGGUGAUGCAGCACCCCAGCGAAGGCGCUCAGGUCCUGGGUCUGCACAGUCAGCUGAAGGAAGUGUCCGUCCCUGUGGCCGAGAUCCGGGUUUAUUCUCUGUCCAGUCAGCCCAUCGACCGCGAGGGACCCAAAGCCAAGAUGAGUGAUCGUUCUCCAGACAUUGAUAACUACUCAGAGGAAGAGGAAGAGAGUUACUCGUCUGAGCAGGAGGGCAGCGACGACCCCGUUCACCAUAUGGGAAAGACGGGUGUGUUUGUGGUGCAGGUGGGUUUCGGGCUGGAGCACGUGUCCCGUGAGCAGAUCCAGGAGGUGGAGGAGGAUCUGGACGAGCUCUAUGACAGUCUGGAGAUGUACAACCCCAGCGACAGCGGGCCGGAGAUGGAGGAGACCGACAGCAUCCUCAGCACUCCCAAACCCAAGCUCAGGCCGUUCUUCGAGGGAAUGUCCCAGUCGAGCUCUCAGACGGAGAUCGGCAGCUUGAACAGUAAAGGCAGUCUGAGCAGAGAGCCCUUCAGUCCUCAGGGGGAGCAGCCGGCGUCUGAUAAACUCAAACCCUCGCUCAGCCGCCACCUGGACGAGCCUCUGUGUGAGACAGACACGCAGGAACUGCAUGAUCAGGAGUUGUUCAGUGAAGUCGGACCCUCUAUAACCGUGUCUGUGGCUGAAAAACCACGAACACCCCUAAAAACCAGCAAGAGUGAGCUUCAGUCCAUGCCAUCGACCAGGUUGGAUGGAGGACACACACCCCGUAAACGCAGCACUCCUGUGAAAGACCGACAGCUCUCCAAACCGCUGAGCGAACGAGGCAACAGCUCCGACAGCGAGCGAUCGCCUGAACUCGGACACAGCACACAGGUCCUCAGGAAGGCCGUCUAUGAUCAGUUGAAUCAGAUUCUGUUAUCUGAUGCUGCUCUUCCUGAAAGUCUCAUCCUGAUCAAUGGCACAGACUGGCAAGGACAGUAUGUUGCGGAGCAGCUUCAGGUUCAGAAGCAUCCGGUGGUUUGCACGUGUUCUGGUGCAGAGAUUCAGGCCGUUCUCUCGGCUCUGCUCACACGGAUACAGAAAUUCUGUAACUGUAACUCGUCGAUGCCGCGGCCGGUGAAGGUGGCGGUGGUCGGCGGUCAGAGUUAUCUAGGAUCAGUGCUGCAGUUCUUCGUCACUCAGCUGGCCAACAAGACGUCUGAUUGGCUCAAUCACCUCCGCUUCCUGGUCGUGCCUCUGGGUUCUCAUCCUGUUGCUAAGCACCUGGGUGCCCUUGACAACCGUUACAGCGCAGCCUUUCUAGACGGAGCCUGGAGAGACACAUUCAACCGAUCAGAGCCACCGCAGACAGAUGCGGUGGACGUGGCGGUGCGUGUGGCUCAGUACAUCAGCGGAGCGGCUCUCACACACCAGCUGCCCAUCGCUGAGGCCAUGCUGACCUGCAAACACAGAACGAGAGAUGAAGAUUCCUAUCAGAAAUUCAUUCCCUUCAUUGGGGUGGUGAAAGUGGGUUUGAUUGAGCCUGGCCAAUCAGCAGCAGGUGACUCUGAAGAGGGCGUGGCUGUGAGUUUAGCCGUCCCCUCCACGUCUCCGCCCUCUCACGGCUCACCCGGCGGACUGAAGGAGACGGCCACGCCCCCCUCGUCUCCCUCCAUGGGCGGCGGUUUGGCGGUGCAGGGGAGUCCCAGCUUGUCUCACGGCGGAGACGCCAUCGGUCUGCAGGUGGAUUACUGGCUGGCGUCUCUGGUGGAGAAGCGUCGCGAGGGCGAGAGGAGAGACACCGGCUGUAAGAACACUCUGAAGAGUGCCUUCUGGUCGCUGCAGGUCAGCCGUCUGCCAGGAGGAGGAACCAGUGAGCCGCAGGUGCCCGGCAACACUAUGGCCAUGACCGUGGUCACCAAAGAGAAGAACAAGAAAGUUCCCACUAUUUUCCUGGGGAAGAAGCCUAAAGAGCGGGAGAUGGACUCUAAGAGUCAGGUGAUCGAGGGCAUCAGCCGGCUCAUCUGCUCCGCCAAACAGCAGCAGACCAUCCUGAAAGUCACCAUCGACGGAUGCGAGUGGAACGACGUGAAGUUCUUCCAGCUAGCUGCUCAGUGGCCGACUCACGUCAAGUAUCUCCCGGUGGGAUUGUUCGGCUACAGCAAACCGCCCUCCUAGGACGCCCCACUUUCUCAGCCCCGCCCCUACAACCUGCAACCUACACCCCAUUGCACACCACCGCCACCGCCACUUUCACAACGCUGGCCAAUCACAGUUGAGACGGGACUCUCAUGUGACCGUCUCUGGAGGGCGGGUAGGUGGAGUUGAAGACGGCUUCGAUAGACUUUUAUCAGCGCUAGUCACUUUUAUUUAUCAAAGGUCCCAGAGCCACAUAUGGGGGCCAAGCACAAAAUUUGGAUACACCACCUGUCGAAGACUAUUUAACAGCAUGACGCCGCUUAAAUCACUCUCAACAACCCUCAAUAAGUCCCUUUGCGUAACUGAUCUCUUCCAUCAUUGACCUCCAUAACCAGUAUAAUUGAGAAAUGCAGCUAAAAUCUACCAUGGUAACUGUAUAUGUUUGGAGAUAAACUUGCAGUUAUUGUCACUCAAGUAAAAUCAGCUUUCGGAAUCUUUCUGUUACUUAGCAACUAGGGAAUUUUGGCAGAAACUAUGGUUGCCAUGGUAGUUUUUUGUGAACAGAGAUUCAAACAUGAAAAAAGCGCAAAAAAGUAGUUCGCAUUGGUUAAUCUCUGUUAACUAGAAUAAACAAUUUCAGUUUAGUUUUAUAUUAGUUUUUAAGCACGCUUUUAUGAGUCAGUUAUUGUUGACAAUAAAAAAAGCGCCAAUGAAUAUUCUGAAAUUAGCAAAUUUCUCGGCUGUAGUACGAAGGCGGUGUUAAACGGCAAUUUGACAUUGGAGGCGGGGCUACGAGGUGCCCAUCGGCCAACUGAGGACUUUUUAGAUUUCCUAAAAAUCAUUGUUUGUAUAGUUUGUUUUAUCCUUCCAGUCGGCGACAUCUGGAAAUGCGUUGUUGACCUCCAACUUGCAUGUCUUAAACUACAUCACCCAUAAUGCACUGGCAAAGUUAACAUUUAAUGUUAGUUCAGUAGUGCACUGUGUACUUGUGCACAAAUCGCUUUGCCUGAUGCAGCGGCGUCUCUGCGUUCCCCUUGACACACGGAAGGUUAGUAGUUUGCAUUGGUUAAUCUGUUAACUAGAAUAAACUAUUUCAGUUUAGUUUUGUAUUCGUUUUUAAACACGGUUUUAUGUGUCAGUUAUUGUUUAUUUUUAAAAGUGACCUUUUAGCUUAAAUAUGUAGCUCAUCUACAGGUUUUAUUUCAUUUCAUAAAACAUCUCCAAAGAUCUCUGGCCAAUCAGAAUGUAAACAUUAUGGCACAGAAUAAGUCAGUCACCUUUAUAAUACGGGCAACGGCAAACGCGAUUUAUGAAAGAACUAUGUCGUAUCAGUCAGCACAAGGCCUAACGUAAAGGCUGCACGAGGUUGGAGGUGAAAAUGUCAGCUUCUUGUUCGCAUCUUUACAGCUGGAAACCGGUUUGGGGAGAACUACAAAGGUUUCAUCUUCAUCAGUUGUCAAAUGCUAUGCACUUAAACUCGCCUUCAUUUCUUCAUAUCUUCGUCCAAAGCACAAGAAGCGAUCAGCUCCUCAUACAGAAUGCCCAAUUAAAACACAAUUCCCAAACACUACCUUUACACACUGCAAACACAUGAUUUUUUUUAUUUUAUUCUUA